CACCAUUCAAUAGACCACCGCCGAGGCGCGUAUGAGACCAAGUGAAGGUGUGGUCGUUUGGAUCAGCAUCAUGCCAAAGUUGAGUCCAUUCAGCUCUGUUCUCACGGAUACUCCUGUUUUUAGUUAAACUUGAAGUCUUCCAUUCACGCUCGUGUCAAUCAUGCCAACAGAAGGCUGCGCCGCGCCGCGUCCUCGCUCUCCUCGGAUCUGAUUCAUUUGGGGUUUCCGAUUGUCCCUUUUACGCACGAAGACACCACCGGCGCGGAGUUCCGGCGCGAUUGUUUUAUGCCCAAUCCGGCUGUCUGAUCUUGUUGGACGCGUAUCUCCAGCCUCAUCGAUGCGCUUUCCAUACCAAUUGGCUCUUCUGCAUGGAUAAAACGCGACCGGCCUUCUUCGUCUUGAAUAAUACAGGAGAAGACGCGUAAAAGGUUCGCGGUCCAGCCAUGGCCAUGGUGGUGAGCGUGUGGAGAGAUCCGCAGGAGGAGCUGGCACCGGCGGGAUCUCUGGACGAUCAGAGCGAAGCGGGGAGAGACCACCACCAUCACCACCGCCUGAGCGCGGCCGCUCACUCUCCAAGCGCCGGACUGCCUUCCGCGGAGGAUAAAGGACAGAACUCGGCGCAGAACCAGCAGCACAUUGAGUGCGUGGUUUGCGGGGAUAAAUCCAGCGGGAAGCACUACGGACAGUUCACCUGUGAGGGAUGCAAAAGUUUCUUUAAGCGGAGCGUUCGGCGAAACUUAUCGUACACGUGCCGCGCCAACAGAAGCUGCCCGGUGGACCAGCACCACAGGAACCAGUGCCAGUACUGCCGCCUGAAGAAAUGCCUGAAAGUGGGCAUGAGACGCGAAGCGGUUCAGCGAGGAAGAAUGCCGCCCAAUCAGCCGAACCCGAGCCAUUACGCGCUGACCAACGGAGACCCGCUGAAUGGCCAGUGCUACCUGUCCGGAUACAUAUCCCUCCUGCUUCGGGCCGAGCCGUAUCCAGCCUCCAGAUACGGAAACCAGUGCAUGCAGCCGGGUAACAUCAUGGGCAUUGAGAACAUCUGCGAGCUGGCGGCCCGUUUGCUCUUCAGCGCGGUGGAAUGGGCGAGGAACAUCCCUUUCUUUCCCGAUCUCCAAAUCACGGACCAGGUGUCUCUCCUUAGACUCACCUGGAGCGAACUUUUCGUUCUGAACGCGGCGCAGAGCUCCAUGCCUCUCCACGUGGCCCCUCUCCUCGCCGCCGCCGGGCUCCACGCGUCCCCGAUGUCCGCGGACCGAGUCGUGGCCUUCAUGGAUCAUAUACGGUUCUUCCAGGAGCAGGUGGAGAAACUGAAGGCCCUGCAGGUGGACUCCGCCGAAUACAGCUGUGCCAAAGCAAUAGUGCUGUUCACAUCAGACGCGUGCGGCCUUUCGGACGUGCCGCACAUAGAGGGUCUCCAGGAGAAGUCUCAGUGCGCCCUGGAGGAGUAUGUGAGGAGUCAGUACCCGAACCAGCCCACACGCUUCGGCAAGCUGCUGCUGAGGCUCCCCGCGCUCCGGAUGGUCUCCUCCUCCGUCAUAGAACAGCUUUUCUUCGUUCGACUGGUGGGUAAGACGCCCAUCGAGACGCUCAUCAGGGAUAUGCUGCUGUCCGGGAGCAGUUUCAACUGGCCCUACAUGUCCAUUCAGUGAGAGGAGGAAGACGAAGAGGGGGACGUUUGGUGAGCAUUUACAGACGAGAGCUAAACGAGUCACGGAUGAUGCAGAAACUCUCUCUCUCUCUCUCGAUCGAUCGAUGUCGGUUUAUAUAGCAAUGAUAUUCGUGAAAAAUGUGAAGAUAUCUUUACUCUCUUUCUCCUGAUCUCUACUUUUAACAGUCGACCACGACGCGUGCCAUAAAAAGACUUUAUAAAAUAACUUUUGAUUCACUUAUUCAGCAGUGUAAUUGUCCAUUUUAAAUGCAAAACGUCUUAAUUUAGUUUUGUUUUCUUUUUGAACGAUGCAUUGAUGCAAAAUAACAGAAAUAAUUGGUGUUGCCCAUAUAAAAAAAAAACGUUCGACGGAAAUAUUACGUUUGUGUUAACUGGAAAGCGGAGACAAUGGAUUUAACAAUUAUUUAUUUUGCUGUGCUAUUUAUUUUCCUGCUCGUCAACUUCAUGUAUCGAAACGAUCAACCACAGCACUUAAGGUUAUACUUUUUCUGAAGCUCGACAGUAAAUAUCAUCGGUGUAUGUUCCAAUAUUGUUUCUCGGUAUGAAAUAUUACACUUCGAACCAUAUUUUUGGGCUGUCAGGGUGGGCGAGGGGGACUGUUGGAUUUGAUGUAAGAUGCAACAUUUGAUUAAACGAUUUUCAUUAAUCA